CGGUCCUUCCUGAGCGCACGCAAGAUUCACUUCGGGAGCGAGUCAUUCGACGAAUUUUCGACUGAUUGCCUUCUGUGACACAGGAAAAGUCUUGAAAAUGAUGGACUUGGGCCGACUCAUCGUGACUGCGUGCAUGGCGACGAUCCUCCUCGUCACGGUGGCUUUCGCCUCGCCUAUCGAGUUCGAGGCGUCUGAAGGAUCUCAAGGUUUCGAGAACGGAAUGCAGAAGCGCUAUUCCGAAUUCCUCGGCGGACCCGGGAAAAGGGCGCUGGAUAACAUCGAUGAGCCUGUCAAGAGGUACUCGGAGUUCUUGGGCGGCCCUGGGAAACGUUAUUCCGAAUUUCUGGGAGGCCCCGGUAAGCGGAGUCGUCAGGAAAAUCUCCGCAACAUGGCCAAAGUCCGUGAGGCCAUCCGAGUCAUCAUUGCUGGAGCGAGACCGCAGGACCUCGAAGACAGGAGAUAAGCGAAGAAAUUGGAACGUCAUGAAAAUUCCGAGGAGAGAAACAUCAAUAAUAACUGAUACGAUGUUACUGUAAUUCUACGAGAGUCUUCUGCCUUCAGCCCCCGGCGAAAAAAUCAGCGGUGGUUCAGACCACUGUUAUACGAGAGAGAGAGAAGGUCUCAGUUCAAGGAUACUGGGGUCGCCAGCUUCGAACAAUCUUCCUUGCCGUAAUCUGUUUUUCCUCCCAUUGAAUCCGUUUUUCGCGAGCUAAAGACUGAGCAGUGAGACGAAGGAAA